CAAACAGGGCGCAUCAGUUUCAUGUACAACGUGCGCGAAAAUAUUUGUUCUGCUAACAGCGUGUCCGCGUUAAAAACAGAGGCUGGCCCGUGCAAACAAUGGUAGCGCGGUAUCAGAUCGAUGUUUUUUCUCUAACGAAAACGUUGAAUCAGUGCAGGCGGCGCAUUUACAGAGAAAUGUGUCUUGACUUUUUGUAAUCCUUGAAAAUGACCGCAAUCCGGAUGGUCGAAAUGUUGGAUGUAAUCUAUUAGAUAAAUAAUACACACUAUCUGCUAGUUGGCACGCAUAGAAGUACAAAAUGGUUUCUAUUCCAUCGCGCUCCCGUGUUCCGGCGAGGUCGUAGGAUCGCGCAAGGUGUUCGCUUUCCCGAGGAUUUCGACGUGAUUCCGUCGCGAUGAGCGCCGACGCCAAGAGGGGAAGAUACGCGACGCCGGAGGGCUCGAGGACGUGGGAGUAUCUGACCGCUUUUAAUUGUUCAAUUAUAAGCUUGUGCAUCGGAGCGACCGUAGGCUGGGACUCGCCGAGUAUUGUGAAGUUGAUGGCCCCAGACUCGCCGAUCCCGGCUACCGUUUCCGAUGUUUCCACUCUCGUGGCCAUGGCCUCUGUUGGUCACAUGGUAGGACCGAUAAUCAACCAACUCCUGGUCGACAGGAUAGGUCGGAGAAAGACGAUUCUGUUCAGUGGGCUUACGUCGAUAAUCUGUUGGGGCCUCAUUACGAUCGCCACGAAUAUCUGGGUUCUCUACGUGGCCAAAUUUAUGGGCGGCCUGUGCAUGGGCCAAUUCAUGUGUGUGUUCACGAUGUACAUCGGAGAAAUUGCGUCGCCGAGGACACGAGGCGCCGGAGGGGCCGCGAGCACGAUUACGUUAAAUCUCGGCAUUCUCGGGAUGUACGUCGUCGUGCCGUACCUGUCGAUAUCGACGGCGGCGGCCGUCUGGCUGGCCGUGUCCGUCGGCUCCACGAUCGCCUUCUGGUUCAUGCCGGAGUCGCCGUACUAUCUGACCAUGACGGGGAAAACGGACGAGGCGGAGGUGGCGCUGGAGAGGCUGCGUGGCAAGACGGACGUCUCGGAAGAAUUGGAGGCGAUCGUCGAAUCGACGUCCAACGAGAAGCAGCAGAGGGCCAGCGGUAUUAGGCAGCUGUUAACCGCGCGCGCCAGUCGUCGCGCCUUCAUCAUCAUUAAUCUCAUCACCCUCACCCAACAGCUGGGCGGCUUCUUCAUGCUCAUCGCGUACGGUCAGCUCCUCUUCAAAGCCGCCCAGUUCCAGAUCAUCUCCGACCACACGGCCAACAUCAUGCUCGGCGUGGUACAGGUGAUCUCCGCGACGCUCACCAUCUUCCUGGUCGACAAACUGGGCCGCAAGCCGCUGAUACUCUUCUCCGGCCUGCUCGCCGCCGCGUCGAACCUCGCGAUCGGCGUCUUCUUCUACGCGAAGGACUAUCUGAGCGCGGACGUGUCCGCGUACUCGUCGGCGCUGCUAAUCGCGGCGGUGCUGCUGGUGUUCGCCUUCAACUGUGGCCUGCUGCCCAUGCAGAUGAUCAUGAUGUCCGAGAUGUUCGCCACCGAAGUCAAGGCACUCGCCACGUGCCUUCUGGCCACCACAAGCGGCUGCUACAACGUGAUAGCAGCGAAGAUUUACAUUCUGGUAGUCGUCACGUGGAACUACGGCCACGCGGUACCUUACCUAGCAUUCUUCGUGAUCGUGACGGUAUGCACCACUCUGAUCCUUCGCCUCUCGCCCGAGACGAAAGGCAAGACCUUUGUGCAAAUACAAAAGGAGCUGAACGAUUGAAGCGAAGGGCGAAGAAUCGGCGCUUCCGGUUCGAGCCGCGGUGCCACGGCAGGAGAAUCCCCUAUUGGAUACCGAAAGAGCAUAUUGCCUCUCGUAAAUUGUGCGUCUUAAAGAAAGAUAAUUCCGCGCUAUAAGAGACCUCGCCGAAAAUCUCUAUCGGACCCACCGACGCUCGCUCUUAUCGGAGAUCGACAGGAUGGAGGAAAUUGAAAAUCGCGGGCGGAAGUUCGAAGGAGAUGACCUUUCAGGAUGCACGAGCGAACGAAUUUUUGGGCAACCGCGUCGAAAUUGCCCGCGACGUUUGAUGCCCGCGAUAGAAGCGAUAGUUUAUGCCGUAUCUCGAGACUCGCCGGAAGUAGACCGCGCCGUAUCGAUUUGUCGAUGCCACGAUGACUGCCCGGGUAGUUUGUAUCUUUACGGGAAAAGAAGUAUAUUCGCAGAUACAUAAACGCCACCGGAUAAGAAGAAAUAAUCAAGAUCCGCUCGUAUUUCACGCGCAUUGUUCUAGUUUAAAAUAUAUAGUACAUUGCAUAUUUCAAACUGAAUAGGAUUUUACAGCGCGAUGUCUCCUGUAUCGCACCAUAUUUUAGCUAAAUCGUCAGGUGAAAUAAUCUCGCAUAUAUUAGAAAAUUCGUAAAGGAGACACAUCUAUAAAUUGCGACGAGGUGUUGAAACUUGCGGCUCGGUGAACUUUGAGUGAGAUUAGACGAGCGAUAAGAUACACCUGCAUUUAUCUGUGUGCACUGUGUAAACGACAGUAAAAUUUUAGUGACUGCACGUAGGAACGACCGAUACGACCGUGUAAACAUAUUUAUCGACCGGUCUAAAAAUUAAAUAAUCAGACAUCGCUAUUCUCCCUAUCUCUCCCUCUUUCUCCCUGUCUUUCCCUGUCUCU